AUGGCGGAGGAGGCUUUGGGAACGGGAAUGGGAUUUCCAGGAAAUAACUCGUUUCCGUUUCGUUUCCAAGCCCUCGCGGACAUGUGUGUGAACCAAUCAGAUCAGAUCUUAUUGUAUAUCUAUCAGAUGAAAACGAAAGCCACUCCUACAAGCGGAAAAAGUAAAAGUCGAGUAUCUGCCCGCUCUUUACCUAAACUACUAGACACACUAGGAGGAAAUGGACUCUUCGAGUUGGCAAACAGAGAAGACAAGCAUCAAAGAGAGGGUACACUAUAUGUAUAGUAACUCUUUGUUUAGCGAUAUCGAGUUUCUCAUCACUAAGGCGGACGGUACCGAAGUUCGAUUUCCAGCGCAUAAGUUCGUCUUGUCCGUCAGUAGCCCUGUCUUUGAGGCAAUGUUCUUUGGCAAUCUGGCAGAAUCCGGACCCACUGUCCGUCUUCCAGACUGCACCGUAGAUGGUUUUCAAGAACUUCUGCGGUAUCUUUACUGUGACCAAGUGGUUUUCACAGGUAAAAACGUUUUGGAUGUUUUGUACCUCUCAAAGAAGUACAUCAUUUCGCAUUUAAUCGAGAAAUGCUGGGAUUACAUCGAACGUGUUAUCGGCUAUGAUGAUGUUUUCCAUGUUUUACCAAAAGCUAUAACAAUGGGGGAAGAAAGAGUGCAGGGUAUCUGUUGGGAGCUUGUGGACAUUGAUACGGCUAAGUGCCUAGCUUCUGACGCGUUCCUGGAAGUCUCGAAAGAAUUGUUGUGUGAUCUUUUGAAACGAGAAAGCCUAAGUAUCCCAGAAGUCAAGCUAUUUCGAGCUGUGAAUCGCUGGGCAGAGAAGAAAGUUGAGGAGAAAGGGAUGCUUGGAAAUCCUAAGGCAAAGAGGGAAGUGUUAGGAGAAGAUUUGAUAUAUCUUAUCCGUGUACCUUUGAUGACUGCAAUGGAAUUUGUAGAAGUCCUUUCCAACAACAUUCUCAACGAAGUGGAAAUUCAGGAACUUUCCAAUCAUCAUGUCAAAAAAGAGGCUCUGACCCGCUUCAAUGCAGAACCAAGGCCAGGACUUGAGCCCAUUGAUGAGUUGCCACUAGGGAAGGCAAACUCAAGUGAUGUAUCUGGACUGUUAGACGGAGAGGUAAUUAGAUUUACUGUUAACUCAGAGCUGUAUUUGACUGGUAUUAAGCUAUUUGGGGAAAAAAUUUUAGAUAAUUUUAAUAUAAAUUUGAUGAUUCUUAACGGGAAUAAUGAAGUUGUUAGUCAAUGUAAUUUUGGUAAAACAUUUCUAUCAUGGGUAGCAGGGAGAGAUCUAGAUGAAAUUGCUCUCAAGUUGCCUGAGCCAGUUCGUGUCACACCUGGUUUAAGUUAUUGUGUUAAGGCACAUAUCCAGGGCCCAGUGAAGUACGAUUUUGGGAUCACAGCCUUGCCCGUUGUUUAUGGUCAGUGCACAACUACGUCAAGUCCUAUAAGAUUCAGUUCAACACCAGUUUCAACUAAUUCAAGCUUUAGUACAAAUUCUAAAAAAUACACAAAAGAACCAGCUCUCCAGUUUUAUGAGAGAAGUGCCAACAAAGUUGCAUCUGAAACACAUACACAGGAAGAAGAGGGAAGUCCGGAACCAGUAUUCGAAGGGUAUCAGUUUUCCCUUGCAUUUGCAACACAUACACAGGAAGAAAAGGGAAGUCCUGAGCAUCUACAAUGCACACAAACGAAGAAAAGGAAAGUCUGUAACCAGUAUUAAAGGGUCUCAGUCCUCUCUAGACUCCAAGUCUCCUUAAUGUAUCCUAGGCAUGGGAUAAUUCCAGUGCUAUUUCUAUUCAGAAAUGUCUAAACCAUCUGACAGGGUUUCCUGUGGUAGACAAUUGGAGGUGACAUUAAGGAACCUUCUCCAAGAUGGUACUUUUCUUAUAGAUAAAUUUCCUUGCAUUACGUAUCAGGGCAGUAGCAGGCCUUGAAAUAUUUGGGGCGGGAUACAUAGACAUUUAGAAAGCUAGGGUUUUUGAAAGACUGGUGAGGUUAGGUAGGUUGUAUAUUAGAGUAGAAAAUAAUAUAAGCAAGUCACUAGAAUCACAAAUAUAAUGUAAUCACAAUAUAUUUUUAUAAAUAAAUAUUAGGGUAGAUAUGGUCAAAUAAAACUAUAUUAUUUUAUCACAUGUAAAUGAAAUCAAUGUAAUCAUGUCAAUAAUAGCCAUUCUAAUGGCUAACUCAAUUCAUGUAUCAUGUAAACAAUAACAUUUUACUGCCUCAGUGAUAGCUGCAAAUAAACAUGUGCUUGACUUCUA